GAUGCUAAAAACAGUGUAACGACCAUACUCUUCUUUUAUCUAUGGUAACGACAUAUUGCAAAACUGUUAACAGUUGACUUGACAGCUUGACACAUUGUAUUCCUACUUGUUUAAGUGUUGAAGAGCCGUGAGAACUUUGCAGUUUAUUAUAUUGUCUAGGGUUUUGAUGUUCCAGGAUUGAUUAUCUAUUUAUAACCUCACCCCUAGUUAUAUACGAUAAAAAAUCAAGAAAUGCCUCCAAAAAGGACCAAAAAAGAGGAGGAGUCGUCUGAUAGCGAUGAGGGGCCAGUUGAUAGAAACCCUCCACCGUCUAAAAAAUCGAAAACCCCCUCAUCAAAUAAAGAAGAAUCCGAAUCAGACACUUGGACACUCGAAAAAUUAAGAAAAGUAACGAUACGUGAGUUUAAAGGGAAAGUAAUGGUUGAUAUAAGAGAGCAUUAUCUUGAUGCGUCAGGUGAAAUGAAGCCUGGAAAAAAGGGUAUAUCACUCUCGGCCACACAGUUUAACAAACUCGCUGAUCUCAUUCCAGAAAUAAAAGAAAAACUAAAGAAAUAUUAAUUUUAUUUUUUGUUUUCAAAAAUGUCUCAAGUUCCAUUUAAUUUAAUAAAAUGAUA